GCUUGUUUUUUUUUUGUUUUUUUUGUUUUUUUUUUUUUUUACUUUAGUACGAUUUGCUACGAAAACCCUCCCUUUGUGGAAUAAGUUGAUAGAAUAGAAAGCACAGCGCUUGUGCUUCGACGACAGAGAGAGAGAGAGAGAUACGAAUGGCCGAGAAUACGAAUGACGAAUCAUCGUUGGCUCGUAUCCGACAACUUGAACAUGAGCGCGAUGAAUUACGCAAAGAUAUUGAACAACUAUGCAUGCAGCAAGCUGGGCCUGGCUAUCUUGCUGUGGCUACCCGAAUGCAUUUUCAAAGGACAGCUGGAUUGGAGCAAGAGAUUGAGAGCCUGAAAAAGAAGUUGGAUGCGUGCACAAGAGAUAGUCUUAAUCUACAAGAGGAGCUUUCUGAGGCUUAUAGAAUUAAAAGUCAACUGGCAGAUCUACACAGCGCCGAAGUUUCAAAGAAUAUGGAAGCCGAGAAGCAGGUUAAAUUCUUCCAGGGCUGUGUAGCUGCUGCAUUUGCUGAAAGGGAUCAUGCAAUAAUUGAGGCUGAAAAGGCGAAGGAAAAGGAGGAGGUAAUGUCACAACAAAUAGAUGGCUUCAACAAAAGGGUUGAGGAACUCACAUCAGAUUGUCUUAAACUAAAGGAAUUUAAUGAUAAUCUGAAGAUUGAUCAAGCAAUGUAUAUAGAGCAAAAUGAAAAAUUCAAGAAGGUAAUUAACAAGUUCUUUCAGAUCAGGCAAUAUUCUCCAAAAGAAUUUGAAGAUACAAGUUGGGAUGUUAAAUGUACAUGUCUUUUGGAUGACUCUGAGGAGUUAUGGUGUUUCAAUGACGCUUCCACCUCUAAAUACAUUAGUGCAUUAGAAGAGCAGCUGGACAAAGUAAGCAAUUCUGUGGACUAUCUUCAAAGUAAACUUAGGGUGGGCUUGGAUAUUGAAAAUCAUCUGAAGAAGAGAGUCAACUUACUGGAACAGAAACAAAUUAAAAUGAACAAAGUGAUUGAGAAUGGCGUAGCAGACUUAAAACAUCAUCAUUCUGAGUAUAGGGAUCAUAUUAUGAAUUUACUAAGUGAUGGAGAAUCCACCAUUAAAUCCAUAAUGAAUGUGAUUGAUGAAAGAGUCAAGAUGUUCAAUCAGAAUAUUGAGCCAAAUUUGGUCCCUCAAAGAGACACAGAACUAGAAGAGAAUGAAUGUAGGGAUGCACAUAUAUGCCCACAAGAUAAAACUGUUUCAAAGUCCAAGAGUACUGGUCUUGGCUCGCUGGCAGUAAAACCUGAUGGAAAAGGUGAUUCAUCUGAUGCUUUCGCUAUGGCGUUGCAAGAAAAGGUUGAUGCAUUAUUGCUGUUAUCACAACAAGAAGAAAGACAUUUAUUGGAGAGAAAUGUGAAUUCAGCCCUUCAAAUAAAGAUUGAAGAACUUCAGAGGAACUUGUUACAAGUUACCAAUGAAAAGGUGAGAGCUCUAAUGGAACUGGCGCAAUUAAAGCAGGAACAUCAAUUACUUCUGGAAAAAUUAGAUCAUGGGACUAAACAAGGAGUUGACACUGGAGAAAGAAACCUUGUUAUUCGUGAAAGAGAUGGAACUCUAAAAAACUUGCUGAAGAAAUCAUAUUUGAGACGGUGGAUUAGCCCAGUUGAUGUUGGUGGAAAAGAAGUUGACAGUAGUCCAGAUAAUGAAGGGAAGUCCUUCAUCCAGAGAUCCAGCAGUGUGGAUUUUGCAAGAAUGAAGAUUGAAAAUGCAACUCUUAAAGAAAGCAUGGAUAGCAUGGAGCUUUUAACAUCGUCAAUUCAUAGGCUUCGCCUCUCUCUUUGGAAGGUGAAGGAGUCUGUGACUUCUGAAGGUACAGUUUCUGGUGUUUCAGAAGUCCUUAAUGGUGUUAUCAAGGAGGCAAAACUUUUAAGGACUGCUCUUGGCAGCUCCUUACCAAUUAGUUGGUCAGUUGAGACAGAAGUGGGUUACUUUGAAGAUGGUGAGGGUAGAGACACAGUCCAUAAAGAAUGCAGUGCUGAAAAGAUAGACACUGUUUCUGCUGCAGGACUCGAAAUGGUGGAGCUUUUGAUUUUUGCCGCACAGAUGUUGGGGGACAUGUUAACUGCUAUGAUUCCUGAUAUAGAAGUUAUAUGAAGAGCUGUUCCUUGUAUGAUAUUGUGGUUACUGGUGUGGUUCCCUUUAAUGGCUUGUUUGAUGCCUUGUAUUUACGGAUGUUCUUUUAAGGCCUGCUACCCCCCACCAAUCACGCAGGGUGAUUAUGUAAAAAAUUCAGAGAGAGGGAGAUAUAGCUUUAACGAGUUUGUCCAGGGAAGAAAACUGAAAAUGUGCCAUACAAUCAUAUUCAUAUAUGUGCAUGAUAUUGUAAAUUUAUAAGUCCCCUCAUCGCAUAAGUUAAAAAUACCUUUGACAGGCAAGUGAAAUUUGUCAAAAAAAUUACUAUACAAAAACGCAACACAACUGUCACAUUCUUGGAGGCUAAUAUUAUUGAGAUUUAACCGUGUA